AUGGCCGGGUCCCCACCAUCACCACAUCUCCGAAUGCGUCCCAGUAUCGAGUUCGCCGAGCCUCGAACAACAGGCGUUUACGUGACCCCGCGCCGGCCACAUACAGAGUUUGGCGUCCCCGGUGCAACAAGUACGCCCAGCAGCGGCGGCAGUAGCCGGAGUGGGAGUGAGCCGCGGCCGAUCUUGCGUCACCAGAGCAGCAAUGUGCGCAUCUCGUCCCCGCUGAGGAAACAGGUCGGCUUCGACGACAAGCCGCGGAUACGCCCUGUGCUCAAGAGCAAUUUCUCAGCGGGAAGCGUAAACAGCGCAAGUACGGUUGUGCAGGACACGAUCUCGCCAAGGCUGAGAGUGAGGGAGAGGCGCGGCAGGGCCCAUGCCCAGGUGAGCUGGGCGCAGACGAUUGCCGUUCCUCCAACUUCGAACGACUUUAUGGAGGAGCUCACGCCGACCCGCUCUGGGCGGAGCGUACCGUCCAACGACGGACAUAGUGACAUGUCCCGCCGUAGCACAAGUAUAGACAGCGAAAGGCCGGUGCUCCGAGCGGCACGGUCAAUUUCAUUUCGUGCGCGACCGGGAAACCGCCCAGCAAGCGCCGCUUCGUCGACGUCGACGGGUCCAGCGGGGCUAUGGUAUGACGUGCCCGUCCCACCGCCCCCACACCCGUCGACUUGCAUGCCCGGCUUCCCGCAGCAAGAGUUCCCCGAUGCCCGCCCGCCCAAGUUCUCGCGCGAGCUCCUCCGCCGUCCUGGUGUGAUCAUGCCCAAGGCCGCUCCGCGCUCUGUGACUAUGCCAAAAGAAGCCACGCGCCCCGCCAGUAUCGCUACCGAGUACGCCGCCCAUCCGCUGCGUCAGACUUCGACCUCGCGCAUGUCCGGGUUUCUUUCUAGGAAACUGUCCAAGAUCUCGCUCGCCGCGCAUCACGAGCCACCCGCCCCGCCGGUGCCGGUGCCGAUGCCGCAAGGGCCAGUGUCGCAGUCGAUGUCCAUCACCCCGGUUGGUCAGCACCCGUCUCCCAUCCGAGCAACGCCGCACCGCUCGCCCACGAGCCUGCCACCUGGCCAGCACCCGUCUCCUGUCCGAGCAGCGCCGCACCGCUCGCCCACGAGCCUGCCACCUGGCUUUGGCUCGCCGCAAGGACCUCGUGUAUCACCACAACAUCUCCAGUGGCCGUCCCAAUCCACACCGGCGCGCUACCGUGGCGCCGCCUUGCCGCCUGGCGCUGCCCACCUCCUCCCGCCUGGCGCGGGCCCCACUCUCCCGUCACACAUGCCCAACGCGAUUCCCACUCACAUGCCCAACGACCUGCCGCCCGGCGCAAUGGCUGCACGCCCUAUGACGCACGGAAUGCCGUUGCCCGUGCAACCAACCCACGUGCUCUCGCCACAGGAGGCCGCCCGUCAGGCACUUCGGCGCUUCCGAUCCUCUCCUGCGCUCAGAGUGACAUCGCCGCUUGAAGGCGUGCCAGAGGACCUCCCCACGCAGUGGGUCGAGCGCAUACCCCCGCCUCCCGUGUCGCCUCUGGGUGGGCCACAGGGGUAUGACGACGAGCUUGUUGUGCGCGCACCCAACUUUGCUCACCCACCGAUUCAGGACGCACCAAAGCAAACCACCGUGGCGCGCCCGCCUCAUCUCAGCAUCGACUUUGGCUCGGGCGACAUCUGGGCCGAUCUCGAGAGCUCCUUUGGCGUACUGUCCCUCCCCGACCUGCCAGCGGAUGCAGAGAGCCCCGAUAGCCCUGGUUCAAAUGACUCGCACACGACAACCGCGACUGCGACGACGCGUGCGACACAUGCUACGUAUGUGGUGCCAGAGUAUGACGAAUACUCGGAGGUUGGCCACUCGCAGGUCAGAGAAGCAGCCUCGGAUGCGGAUCAUGCUGCCCCAAUUCGCAGGACUGUCUCCUCGGGCUUGGGCUACACUGCCACUGUCCGAAGAGGCACCUCGUCCGACGUUGGUCACUCGACCGCUCGGGUCACGGCAAUCCAGCAUCAUCGAGACGUCUUUUCCGAGACUGGUCACGGCGGUUUCGAGCGCAUGUACUCGCCGCCCAGUUCGCCUGUGCGCGCAAAGGCAGCGCAGCGCGCUGCCAGCGAGAGCGAGUGCACUAUCGAGUCCUGGAGCCCCAAGCACAAGCUGUCCGCCAGUGCGCCCGGUACGCCCGUGUUUGGCUCGGUGGGGCGCCUGCCUCCCAGAGGUGAGAGUUUGGUCGCGUCGUCGUUGGGUGCCACGUCGAACCGACCUAUGUUUACGCCUCUCAUGCUCAACACGCCUCCUGUUCGCACCUCGUCUCGCUCGCCGUCGAGCUUGUCGCUGCGCAGCAGCACAAGUAUGGCGAGCGAGAGCACGAUCUCGUCCCUCCCGAGCACCAUGACGAGCAUGACGACGGCGAGCAGCGCCGCUUCGGUCGAGAUGCCAGACCCGAUCGCCGAGGACGAGAGCGAUACGUGUCUCGACGUAUUCGGUAUCAUGCCCAAGGGGUUCGAGCGCGAUCCCUGCAGGCAGGUGCAGUUCAGCACACCAGACUCUGUCGCACCAGACUCUGUCGAGCGUGUCCAGAUCCGCCAUGUACAGCGCGCCCGCUCGUCUGUCGCGACCCUCCGAGUCCGCUCCAUUGCCUAG